GCAGAUGAGGUUACACAACGGCCGCUCGUUUCACUGAAAGCACCGUCUGGUUCCCGAGGAGCACCGCGAAUCGCCGGUAACGAGAUGGACGCUGCGGAGGCGGCAGGGAUGGCGGAGCUGGAGGGGCUGGAGUUUGGGAAGUCGGACUUUGUGCUGCUGGAUGAGGUGACGAUGGAGCAGUUCAUGGAGAACCUGAAGCUGAGGUUCGAGAAGGGCCGGAUCUACACCUACAUCGGGGAAGUGGUCGUGUCCGUCAACCCAUACAGACAGAUGGAUAUCUACGGCAAAGACGCCAUCGACGCGUACCGCGGCCGGGAGCUGUACGAAAACCCGCCGCACCUGUACGCCGUGUCCGACGCCGCCUACAAGGCCAUGAAGAGGCGGGCCAAAGACACCUGCAUCGUCAUCUCAGGUGAGAGCGGUGCAGGAAAGACAGAAGCCAGUAAAUACAUCAUGCAGUACAUCGCAGCCAUCACAAACCCCAGCCAGAGGGCAGAGGUCGAGAGCGUGAAAAACGUUCUGCUGAAGUCCAACUGCGUUCUGGAGGCCUUCGGGAACGCCAAGACGAACCGCAACGACAACUCCAGCCGCUUCGGGAAGUACAUGGACAUCAACUUUAACUUCAACGGCGACCCGACCGGAGGACACAUCAACAACUACCUGCUGGAGAAGUCCAGGGUGGUGCAGCAGCAGGAGGGGGAGAGGAACUUCCACUCUUUCUACCAGCUGCUGCGCGGAGGCUGCGAGGAAACCCUGAAGUCGCUUCACCUGCAGAAUGACGCUGCACUUUACACGUACACCAGAGAGGGCGCUGCAGCUGCUACUUCCAACAACGAUCGCUCGAGCCACAAAGCGGUGAUGAGCGCCCUGGAAGUGAUCGGCUUCUCUAAAGAAGAGAUCACCUCCAUCUACCGGAUCCUCGCUGCCAUUUUACUUUUGGGUAACGUGGAGUUUGGGAGCGAAGGCGAAAGCGUUCAGAUCCUGGGUCAGGAUACGGUGAACCACAUCUCGGAGCUGACCACCACAGAUCCCGAAUCCGUUGCCAAGGGCCUGCUUUUCCGAACCGUGGCAACUGGCGGCGGUGAGGUCAUCGAGAAAGGUCACACGGAGAAGGACGCCUGCUUCGGCCGGGACGCCUUCGCCAAGGCGCUUUAUGAAAGGCUUUUCGGCUGGAUCGUGAGCCGCAUCAACAGCAUCAUCGAGGUGAAAAACUACAACCCAGUGCUUCAUGGGAAAAACACAGUCAUAGGUGUGCUGGACAUCUACGGCUUUGAGAUCUUUGACAACAACAGCUUCGAGCAGUUCUGCAUCAACUACUGCAACGAGAAGCUGCAGCAGCUUUUCAUCGAGCUGAUCCUCCAGCAGGAACAGGAAGAAUAUCAGAGGGAAGGAAUCACCUGGCAGCAUAUCGAUUACUUCAACAACCAGAUCAUCGUUGACCUGGUGGAGCAGCAGCACAAAGGAAUCCUGUCCAUCCUGGACGAAGCUUGUCUCACUGUGGGAAAAGUGACGGACACGGUCUGCCUGGACAGCAUGGACACCAAGCUGGCUCAGCAUCCUCACUACACGUCCCGCAAGCUCAGCCCCACGGAUAAAACCAUGGACUUCCAGAAACAUUUCCGCAUCCGCCACUACGCCGGAGACGUCACAUAUUCUGUUGAGGGUUUUCUGGAUAAAAACAAGGACCUCCUCUUCCAGGACUUCAAGCGUCUCAUGUACAACAGUUCGAAUCCAGUCCUGAAGGAAAUGUGGCCAGAUGGUCAGCUGAGCAUCACAGAGGUCACCAAGCGACCUUUGACCGCUGCGACACUUUUCAAAAACUCCAUCGUGGCUUUGGUCGAUAAGUUGGCCUGCAAGGAGCCGUACUACGUGCGAUGCAUAAAACCCAACGAGAUGAAGUCUCCGGUGCUGUUCGACGACGCGCGCUGCCAGCACCAGGUGGCGUACCUGGGUCUGCUGGAGAACGUGAUGGUCCGCCGGGCCGGCUUCGCCUACAGGCAGCAGUACCCUCGCUUCCUGCAGCGGUAAGGCGGCUGCAGCGCUGCGUGAGGUCGGACCGUCGGCUCCUCCUUCCUCUGGGAGGAAGCUUUAACUUGUAAUAGAGGG